AGAAACAUUAUGCAGCAUAUGAACCAACAUUGAAGCAGUUGAAACAUAAAUAUGAAGUAGCCAUGAAAGAAAAGAUGCUUAGUAAAUUGGAAAGAGACAGAGCUAUUGGACAGGUUACAGGUCUUCAGUCAACUCUCAAGAAUCUAGAGAAUAUUGGCAAAGAUGUCAGAGUACCAGAUACCAGAAUACUGAGAGAAUGUAUGUUCCAAGAGCUGGGACCCUCUCAGAGAUCAUUGGUAGAGGCCAGAAUACAAGAAGAUAUUCUAAAAGAUAUUGGAAACCAAACACAGGAUUCUAAGAGACAUCCUGAU